AUGCAAUUGCAGGCUCAAAGCACCAGAAUGCGCGAACUUGUACCUCACUAUCGGAGACAGGAGCCGACCGUCCUCUGCACUUUUCCCGAAGAGAAGCAAAUCAACAGGAUUUACAUAUUUUGCAGAACGUUCGAUUCGGUUUCAUCACAUUACGAGGAUACACAGACCUCAGCGCUGCUAUCAAGUACUCACGCAUUCGGUAGAGAUUUGAGUUCGCUUCUUGUUGUUAAAGUCAACAUACUAGCACGACAAAGUGCUUAUCUGAGCAACAUAAUCAAUAACAACUACAAGCCACUGUUUUCCUGGGGGCGACAGAGGCUCAUUUCGAAAUUGAUUCUGCCACUGCAUGCAAGCAAGUUUAUUUUCGCUCUCAGAUUCUUACACAUUGCAGGGCGCCUCCAUUUGCACCCUCUGUCUUCCAUUCGCACCUACUCUUAA